AUGCUUAUCUCGCCCGUCUCUGUUUCAGGAGUUACGAUGCAUGGGCUGAGUCACCUGCAAACCGGCUCAACCCUGGAGGCGCUAACGCAGGCCACGAUCAUCUUCAUCCUAGCGGUCGCCAUUGUCAUCUCGAACCUCAUCGUAGUAGCCACAUAUCUUAACUUUAAGGGUCCCCAUGAGGUCAUAAACUACUACCUGCUGUCGCUGGCGGUCGCCGACUUGCUAUGUGGCCUGUUCAUCGUCUCGCUGUCGGUUUAUCCGGCAUUCUAUGGCGACUGGGUGUACAGCAAUGUGCUUUGCCGAAUGGUGGGCUACCUAGAGGUGACCCUGUGGUCCAUCUCGGUCUACACCUUCAUGUGGAUCUCGGUCGAUCGAUACCUGGCCGUGCGGAAACCGCUACGCUACGAAACGAUCCAAACCAAAACCAGAUGCCAAUGCUGGAUGGCGUUCACGUGGAUCUCGGCAGCCAUGCUGUGCAGCCCCCCGCUCCUUGGGUACAACAGGGCUGACUACAACAAAGUGACCCACAUCUGUAUGCUCGAGUGGGGCACCAUAGAGGCUUAUAGCGCAACGCUGGCAAUCCUGGUCCUGGGGCCGAGUGUCAUCUCGAUCGUGUACAACUACGGCUACAUCUUCACGAUGAUGCGCAAAGUGCGAUCGGGGGCACCGAUCCACGAUAAGGAGUACGCCACGGCGCUGGCAGAGAACCUAGCGAACCCCAGUCACUGCAUGUCGUUCGCAUUGGUGUUUUCCUUCUGGAUUUCGUGGACCCCGUUCAUCGGGCUACGCAUCUACGAGCUCGUCAGCGGCGACACGAUCGACAAUCCGCUGCUGCACUUUGCCGCCGUCUGGAUCGGCAUCCUCAACUCGUUCUGGAAGAUCAUCAUCAUGACGACCAUGUCGCAGCAGUUCCGGCUGCUCGUGCGGCUCCUGUUCCUCACCAUCUGCUGCAAGACGAAGGGCCGUCAGCAGGCUGAGUUGAUUGGGCUCGAAACGGAUGACUAAGACGCUAAUCGGCCCUACGGGCACCUUCCUGCACCCAGCCGCAACGCUCACACUGUGUGUUUAGUCAAAUCGAAUGAACGUACAAUCAAGUUUACAAACUUUGUGCUAUUAAAACAAACAUACAUAAAAACAAAUCUUAUCCCACUCAGAUAAAGUAGAAUCCGCCGCUAAUUAGAACAAGUUACUGCUCCAUUCCAAGCAUUCGUUGAAUGAUGCCGCGGAGUGUGACACCCAUUUAGAACUACGAAAAAUAAAGCGAGCAUUCUGUAACGCGCAGUGCUUGAGCUUGUGCGUAGAAACGAGAGGAAAAAAAAAAUUAACAAACAUUCAACACAUUGCGCAGAUCGGUUACGUAUGUCUCAUAGCAGUUCCAUUUCAUCCACUUCAUCCUUUUUCAAGGAAAAAGAGAAAAAAUCAGGAGACAAAGCGGUUCUAGCAAGCAUUUCAUUCGCAAGAAGAACAUCAAUUUAAAUUUUCAAAUAUGCGUAAGCUACGUUUUACUCUUGGUGUAGUGCUCAAUUCAGACAGGUAUACCACAUUAAGGACUAACAGGACAUCACGAUUACACGUGUUCACCUAUCCGUGUGCACUGGAAUGAAACUGUUUAAAAAAAAAAACAAGAACAAUAUUAAACAUCACACUAAACAAAAUUCGGCAUCGUACGUACUACUUUAAAAAGGGCUGUGUAGAUGCCAGACAAGUAACCUUCAAGGAACCGAACAAUCAAACUGUCUCGCAAUCCGUAAGCGUACAUUACAUGUUAGAACAGACACAAAAACACGUUUGUGUUUCGGUGUGUUUCGGUGUGUUCUAGCGAGCGGACUUGGAAAGCGAUUUUUCGCGCUAAAAAAACUCCGCAGGACGCGCAUGCAAGAUCUUGAACAUUUACCAUGAGUGAGAUCAUCGCGCAAAGGCAACACCGCUAGGUGGAAAUUGAAAAUGUUGAGCAAGAGGCAGAAUAAAAAAAAAUGAAUACGAAUGAACGAAGAGAACGCAGGCGCGUCUGAUGUGCUUUUAGCGGAAUUAAUAUAAAACAAACAUUUUCAGGGCUCACCGUAGACAUAAUGAACGAAUCUAUAAAAGAUAUAAAACAAAAAACAUACAAGGAAAAUCCAUGCAUAACGGCGAAGGAGGAAACCCAGGUUUGCGCAACGCGAUGAAAAAUAAAAUACAAAUUUAGAAUAAUAAACUUAUGCCAAAUAAAACAAGCAAAAGAAUACUAAAAAAAUGCUGUAUCAAUGAAGAAAUGGCUAAAAUGGCUUCGCUCUUGCACCCCGCCUGCAGGGUCCAGGUCAGAAGAAGACAAAAACUUACAUUUGCAAAAUAGAGCCGAACAGAAGCUUAGUGUACGCACGCUAAGCUGCAAUGCAGCUAAAGUUUUGAGGUACUGGUCGGAUGCCAUUAAGAAAGAGCCACACCAGCGAGAAGUAUUUCUCUUAGGGCAUCGUACAUACAUGCAAGUUGAAGUGAAAAAUUCAAAGAAAAUUAUAUUUUCUAGGUUUUUAAAGAGUGAGAUUUAACAAAAACAAAAACGAGUAACAAUACACACCGUCAAAUCACCCUCGACUACCGAAUGUAAACCGUCUAUUCCAAGGAGUACUGGAGCGUUUCGGGGAGUUUGAAGCGUAGGAGUUGUAGCGAACGCAAUGGCACUUACCAAAACAGGACUCGAACAGGCAACGACUGUACCAGCAUUGAUGAUUUAAAAUACAUUCAGUGGGAAUUCGAAAGGCGUUCGGUUGGAGUAGGAAAACGUAAACCCAAGCUCGUUGCACGCCAUACUGUUAAAAUUGUACCAUACAUGAAUAGAACUGGCGGCCUGAAUUGCCCAACACCAAGAUCAGUACAGGCAGCUCGCGUUGAUUCGUUUGAGGUUGUUUUGUCAAGCAAUACCGAGGGUACGCUGAAAAAUCCGCAUGACAUCCUCUUUGGACGAUCUGGCGUUUUAUGUUUUAUAUAGUAGUAGAAGCUAGCAGAUGCACGGUCCCUCGGAACACAAGGGCCGGUUCGUUCGCAUCUGGACGUCGUUCGUUUUUUGUAGUAUCUUUGUUAUUUGCGACUGCACAAACCAGGCCGAAUCGGUUAAGGCCGGAGUGUUACGCAUAGUGGCGCGUUCAUUUGUCCACUGUACGAACUUUCGCGAUCCUUCCCCGUUGGUAGCAACGCCAGAGUAACUUAAGUAAUCGAUUUAGCACAUGCACAUGCAUCGAGUGAUACAAUUUCAACGCUCGAAGUUGAAACGCAUCGACGUAAAACAUCAUUUAGCUUCCUCCGGUGAAAAAAGCUAGUUCAGACUCCAAGAGACAACGAAUCGGUACUCUCGGUUGAAUGUUGAAGGGAGAGAGAUGAAUGCAGCCGCGUCACUCGAAGUUCGCUAGAAGCGUAGUAUGUUGAGUUUAAGUGUACGUGAAAGUUCGUUAACGUUUCAUACAAAGUAUGCCCACGAGCGGUGGCUAUCUAUAGCAGGAGUGUGCAUAGAGGACGGAAUAUCGAGAGAGCCAGUUGGAGUAGGAAUUGGGUUAAGCUCGUACUUGUACAUGAUACGUAUGGAAUUUGUGUGAGAGUUAGUGAAACUUUAGAAAAUGAAAAAUACGAAAGUUAGAUACAGCAACAGCAAGUAAUGUUAGCGAGUUAAGGGUUAAUGUAUCUGAUAAGGAUUGAUGUAUGGUUGAAAUUGCAUUAACUUGGAAGGUUGUUAAGAACGGUUGAAGUACUGAGGGAUUUCAGUCAACCCAAUGGCGAUCGUACCAGUUAUAAAAAAUAAUAAUAAUAAUAAUAAACAAACAGGGACAUUUCCUUAGACCAUUGUUCAAGCAUUCCUUUAACGUUUGUUUGUAAGAGAAAGAGAUACAGCCAGAAAGAGAGAGGGAAAAGAAACGAGCAGCGGCAGUGGCAGUGAAGCAACAGGAUCCAUUUAGGGCUGGGGUACUAAGACACGUCCUUUCACGACAAAAGUCCGACAUGUACUAACUACUUCAACCGCUAGGCUACUACUUCUACCCACCAAGCUAGUCAACGUGUAGUACGUGGCAUUCGGAUAGGAAGUGAGUAUAACAUAUUAGGCCACUCUAAUCAAUGUGUCCCCCUUUCAAGCAGUGGGAAUACUUUCUGCAAGACACGCACGCGGUGCAUACCAAUUAAGCCAUACUUACUGUCAUGUUUUUGCGGCAUAUACGUUUCCAUAUGGCCUACACACUACUACUCAUACCCCCGUUGGAUUGUGGGACAAACGUUAAGCAAACCGAAUAGAACAGGUUUGGCGCACCAGACCGCGGUAUCGGAAUCCUUUCGGCUGACCGCCGCCAACAGUAUGGAUGCACAUUCUUCUCUGGGAGGUGUUUGCGAAAACACGAUCCGAUGUGUGCAGAAGCUUCACCCUCCGAUAGGACGUCCAUAAGGAGGGCCUCGUAGGAAUAGCUUUAUUUCGGCGGAGCGCCACAAGAGUCUCAAUUACCGAUUGAACACAGCGCAGUCGCGCGUCAUGAAGCUACAAACAUUCAAUGUGAAACAAAAGGUUGUUGAACAGUAAAACUGCCCCCUUUCCCAUUUUUUCCACGAGUUAUGGCAUGUAGAACAGAACAGUUGAAGAUGCAGCCAAAUAUAAAUGGUAUAAUAUCGCAACGAAUAACGCCCAGCAGACCAAAGUAAUAGUUAAAGAAAAAGAAAGCAAAUGUACGUUUUUGCAAAAGUACGAGAAAUGUACGUUUCAGCUAUGAAAUUUUUAUCGAACACCAGCUUGUGCGUAAAAAAAGCACACAAAAAGUUCAUACACCAUCACUCUCUAGCCCGCACUGCAUCGAAGGGUGUGCCAUACAUCUGGCUUAAAUCAUAGCCCUAGAAAAGAAUGGAAGUAAACAAAAGCAUUCCCAGUUGCGCUUGGCUUUUGGAAUAGACGCAACCGCGUAGUACAUUUUACAUUAAACGGAGAGGAUCGGUUUGCCACGAGCAACAGUUUUGGCGAAGAGGGUGCAGGAACAGAAACUCGAAACCGAAGUCCCUCAUCGGGGCAUUCCAAACAGAACUUGUACGAAAUUAAAGGGUGGCAUGUUUUAUCAAAAUCGAAAUGUAUCGACUCUCCAUGUAGUCUGCAAACGGAAGCAAACGUAGAUCAUAAUUGUACCAUCUUUUUAAUAUCCUCCACUACUUAAAUGAAUCGAAUUAUAACCAAUCCCACACUGAAUAAUAUGACAAAACAAAACCAAACAAAACUUUCAACAAACCGUCAGCCUAGGUCAGCUAGUGUUGCUUGCAGAGGGCGAUCGGGCGAUGCGCCAGGGAAAGCGAACGAUUAACGAGAACCUCGAUCAGUGAAACGGCACCAAAUGCUCCAAAUAAACAUAUAUUUCGCUUCGGUCGUAGACUAGAACCUAAUAAUCUACAGUUGAUCGCAAUCUCUCCGUUUAAAUUUAUACUACAUUUAAUAGUUCUGGGUGGGAACGAGAGUCGAAGUAAACGGUUAACUUAAAGUGUGUACCGUUUGGUGAACUUUGAGGCACUUGCACGAACGUAAAUAUGGAUCUUUAAAAUCUCAAUGGAUGACAUUACAGUCGAAAUUUAAUCUCAUUGGCUAUUGGUACUAUAAGGAUAAACUUCAGAAGUAGUGAGGCAAAAUUUAGAGCAAAAUAGCUUACCUUCGAGAAAUCACACUAACACGUCAUCUGACUUGGUUAAUUGGUUUGAUACACAAUAAUUUAGAGAAUAGGUCAUGAUUCGCUUACUAGUUUCGUCGAACUAUGUUUGAUGACAAUGACAAGAAAAGGGUUAUGGUGUUCUAUUUUACUAAUAAUUAUUCACCCCCGAUAGUGAUACCAAUGAACGCAGGAAAAACAAUUGUUUAGUGUCGUAUUGUAAGAACAAUUUCUUAAGUUUGCAUUAGCAAUAUUAGCAACAUAAAUUCACCACAACAAACACAACUGCAAUGUUGUAGUUUUGUAUAGGCAUCGUUUAUUAACAAACGAUGAGCAUUAAUAGCAUAUGCGUAGAUCGUGCGGCUACUACCAUAGAAUUCAAAUGGUAAAUGCUACAAAAAUCAUAGCAAACGAACAAAGACGCAAGUCAAAGACACUUUGUAGAAGCUUCCGUAUAUUCAAUUACCAUGGGAAUAAACUACAACCAUGUAUCAUCGCAAAAACGCAGCAGCAACAUUAAGAAAACCAUAAGAAAAAAACAUUGUAUCUAAAAACUUAGAAUAGGCAAACUGGCUGUUCCAUCAAGGUAUGUUAUAAAAUUGAAAGGAAAGAAAGUGUGGCGAAGAAUACCCAGAUUUUUUAAUUUAUAAUAAACCAUUUCAAAAUAAAA